UCUUGCGUUACGUCACGUAAUUAAAGCACGGCCCCCUGUGACUUAAAGAUUGCUGAGUUUCUCAAGUGAAAUGAAGAUUUCACCAGAGAAAAUGUACGCCAUGAGUGUUUAAUUAUGCAGGUGCUACAAAAGGGUGGAGUAUUGUGUUCUCCGUCUCAUUGGACCACUCAUACUUCCAUACGCUGUCAAGAAACUGAACGAAGUGGGCGUGACGAUCAAUAAGGAGGGACCGUGCGAUCUUAAGAACCGAAAAUACUUGACUCCUUAUGAUACCGUGUACAUUCGUGCCAUGAACGAGGGAAUCCUAGGAUUUGGAGAGUCCUACAUGGACGGAGAUUGGGACGCAGAUGACAUUGCGUCCCUCUUUUACAAAAUUUUUGUCGGGCCGGCCCCAAUUUUGAGGAUGUUUAUGAACCCAUGGAACCGAUUCUUGUACUACAUGCAGUUCUCAUUUUUCAACCUGCAAACCAAGGAGAAAGUUUAUGAUGUGGCGAAAGUUCAUUACGAUCUGGGAAACGAAUUUUUCGAAAACAUGCUCGACUCCACCAUGAAUUACACUUGUGGUUAUUGGAAAGAUGCAGACAAUCUGGAGCAAGCCCAACUCGCAAAGAUGAACCUUGUCGCGGCGAAAUUGGGUGUUAAACCAGGGAUGACCGUGCUCGAUGUGGGGUGCGGAUUUGGUGGGAUGGCUCGCCAUCUGGCAAAAAACUUUGGCGCUACAGUCACAGCCGUGACAAUUUCGAAGGAACAGGUCGCCUACGCCACCGAAGUGUGUCAAGGACUCCCCGUGACGGUGAAGCUGAUGGACUAUCGAGACGUGGCGGGAAGUUAUGAUAGGAUUGUAUCCCUCGGUUGUCUGGAACACGUGGGCCCGGCAAAUUACAAAACUUUUUUCAAAACUCUUUCCCGUUGUUUGAAAGAAGACGGACUCUGUUUGGUCCACUGUAUGGGGAAUUAUCAUACCGUGAUGCCCCACCAAGAACCCUUUUCGGCGAAGUAUGUCUUCCCAGGGGCGUGCCUGCCGUAUUACAAGGAGGUCAUGAACGGGCUGGGGGAUUACUUUCUAAUCGAAGAUUUCCACAAUUUUGGAAACGACUACGGCCUGACGUCAGAAGCGUGGAGGGAUAAUUUUAUCAAGAACUGGCCCCGAUUGAAAAAGUUGGACGGGAAGAAGUAUGAUGAGAGAUUUUACCGGAUGUGGACUUUCUAUUUGGGCGUGGCAGUAGCAUUGUAUAAGGCCAGAAAGAUUCAAUUGUGGCAAAUUGUGCUAAGUAAGCAUGGUGUUGUGGGAGGGUAUCGUUCGGUGAGGUAGAGAGAUUAAUCAAUUGUGAUGAUUAGCUAAAUUUACAUAUGCAAAUGUUGCUUGUGGUAUAUUUAUGUAAAAACUUUGAAGUUUAAUAAACUCAUUUACAUAUAAAAUUAUAAA